AUGGAAAACAUUGCUUGGGGCGCCGAGCAUGGGGCAUCCAUGAAGGAGGAGAUUGUUGAAGCAGCGAAAAUGGCUAAUGCUGAUGUUUUCAUCCGCGACCUUCCUGAAGGAUAUGACACUCGUGUGGGUCUGAAGGGAGGCCAGCUUUCAGGAGGUAAUAGAAUCGCCAUCGCUAGAGCGCUGAUCCGGCGACCGAAAAUGCUCCUGUUGAACGAGGCGACCAGUGCGCUCGAUUCAGCAUAG